AGUUGGCCCGGCUGUCCCGAGCGCCAUGUCGGGUUCUUCUAGCGUCGCCGCCAUGAAGAAGGUGGUUCAGCAACUCCGGCUGGAGGCCGGGCUCAACCGCGUGAAGGUUUCCCAGGCAGCUGCAGACUUGAAACAGUUCUGUCUGCAGAAUGCUCAACAUGACCCUCUGCUGACUGGAGUGUCUUCAAGUACAAAUCCCUUCAGACCCCAGAAAGUCUGCUCCUUUUUGUAGUCAUAUAUCUCGAGGUUUCUCAAACUACUUUUCAUGAACCAGUGAAUAUUCACGAGAACUAAGUUCGAAGUCACUAAGUUUGAAGUCUGUACAGAAGCUUCUCUUUAACACGUGCCAUACACAUAAUCUUCUACUCGUCAGUCCUUAACAUCUACCUCUCUGGAUUUUCAUGGAUCUCUGUUUCACAAGGUUUAACUGUUUUAUAUACACUGGCUGUAGCAUACAAUAAAGCAGCAUACAAACUUUUGGCCUUGUUAUUGAUAUGAAAUGUGCUGUAUACUAAUUUUUUCAACAUCAGGACUCACUGCCUUAUUGGCAAGGCUUCUAGGAAUUUACAGAACAACUGCAAAUCUUUGUUCAAAGGCCGGAAGACUUAAGAGUUUCUAAUCCUUCAGUCAGUUAUGGGAAUUAUCUUAAAUAUCCCAAAUAUAGGUAGGGAGAUGGCUCGGUGGCUAAGAGCACUUGCUCUGCAGUUAGUUAUGCUGAGUUCAGAUCCUGCCACCCAUGUAAAAAGCUGGGCGUGGCUGUACAUGCCCGUGGCCACAGCCCUUCGGGGAGAUGGUUUGUUGGCUGCCAGCGAGGGUAAGGUUGUAAUUAGCUCCGUGAGAACGAGGCAGAAAGGGAUACAGGUGCCUGACACUGCCAUGUGGGCUCACACAGGCAACAAACAACUCUAGUGGCGUCAGCAGUUAGUGCUACCAAGAAGGUGGCUGCUUCCAUCUGGAAAAAGAGUUAAAGAUUCACAGAAUCAAGACCUUGAGGACUUACGACAAUGCCUCAAGUAGGCAAGUGGAGGUAAUUAGGUAGAAAGGAACAAGAAAACAGGUUAACCUCUGUGACCUGUAACUUUGCUCCAAGUCCCAAUAACCUGUCCUUUAGAACUGGUAUAUUAAAUCAGGGUCAUACACUAUCUACCAACAAGCCUUUUUUCUAGCCUACAAGUUCUUUGGGAAUGAAAAUUAUAAAGUUUGAAUCGUCAUUCCUAAGAAAUUAUUACAACUAAUCCAAAAUGACAACAGCUUUUAUGACUUUCAUACAUAAUUUUUCAGACAAAAAUAAAAUUAUAUUUAUUUAUAUUUACUAUAUGCAGUGGAAACUCAUAGCACUUGGUCAUUUCUUCAAACACAGGAUUUAUAAAAUAAAAUCCCAUUUUGAAAAGUA